CUCCUUCCCAGACCGUCGCCAGCAAGCAGCCAAAGCAGAGCAAGAAGCCGCAGCCAGCCAGCCAGUCUCCUCCUCCUCGGGCGGGAGGGAAGAGAGAGGGAGACAGCGACCGGGCGAGAGGCGGCGGAGGCUCCGAGGAGGCGGCCGGCAGCGUUGGCCCGGGAAAGGGACGGGGCCGGAGGAGGCUGGCUGAUCGGUUGGAGGGAAGGGAAGGCCGGGAGGGAGGGGAUGGCGGCGCGGCGGGCGGCGGCGUGGGAGCAGGGCGGCGACGAGUACGACUACCUGUUCAAGGUGGUGCUGAUCGGCGACUCCGGCGUGGGCAAGUCCAACCUCCUCUCCCGCUUCACCAAGAACACCUUCUCCCUCGACUCCAAGUCCACCAUCGGCGUCGAGUUCGCCACCCGCACCACACAGGUGGAAGGGAAGACGAUAAAGGCGCAGAUAUGGGACACGGCGGGGCAGGAGCGGUACCGGGCGAUCACGAGCGCCUACUACCGGGGCGCCGUGGGGGCGCUGCUGGUCUACGACGUCACCAAGGCCGCCACCUUCGACAACGUGAAGCGGUGGCUCAAGGAGCUGCGCGACCACGCCGACUCCAACAUCGUCAUCAUGCUCAUCGGCAACAAGACCGACCUCCGCCACCUCCGCUCCGUCGCCACCGACAAGGCCGCGGGCUUCGCCGAGUGGGAAGGCCUCUCCUUCAUCGAGACCUCCGCGCUCGACGCCACCAACGUCGACAAGGCCUUCCAGACCGUCCUCGCCGAGAUCUACCGGGUGGUCGGCAAGAAGGCGCUGUCGUCCACGGAUGAUUCCGGUGCCGGCGCCGUCGGAGAGGGGCAGUCCAUCCUCGUGUCCGGCGGAGAACCCACCAGCGUUUCCUCGAGAUGCUGCUCUUUCUAGCCGAUGCAUGUCACCAUGUCAGCCAUUUCGGUUGAUUGCUUAAUUAAUAUGUGACCAUGUCCUGCGACCAAAAUAAAUUCAGAAGGUUAUUUAUUUUUUAGGCCA